ACAGGAGGGGCCCCGGCCGCGGCGCUCCCGGGCGGAGAGGCGGGGUCGCAACCCCAGAACCCGCUCUGCCCGAUUCCUCUCGUUUUUUCCAGGUUACGCGACGUCCCCGCAGGCUGUAACGCGCCGACUCCUGCGUUUCCCGCCGCCGGGCAAGGAGCUGGGAGCAUCCUAUCGGGAUGGGGGGCCGGCGGUCUCCGUUAGAACCGGGCGUACCGUGCCAGGCAGAGUUAUGGGGUGACCUCGGGGUGUUCGAAGAAGAUGAGGAGCUGGAGGGUUUCAGGAGGGAGGCGGAAGUUCUGCGUGAGAAGCUGAGGGAGGCUCUCAGUCACACAUCUGGUAACAUAAGGCAGUCCAGUUCUUUGACCGACCUCACCUCAGACAGUUCCUGGGAUCAGCAAAAGCCUCACUUGUUUCCUAAGUCCCGCUUGAGGCCAAAAAGCGCUUCAUCUCCCUGGAUUCCUUCCAUCACCAUCCCUCAGCCUUUCAAAAUGACCCUGCGGGAAGCUCGCAGAAAGUCCGAGUUGCUGAAGUCAUACAUGUUCCUUGAACUAGACACACACAGAGACAAAAGGCAAAGCCAGGAUGAAGCUGAAUGUCAGAAACAAUUCCGGGCACAGCCUGUACCUGCCCAUGUGUUUCUGCCCCUUUAUCAGGAAAUAAUGGAGCAGAAUGAGAUUCGCAGGCAAGCAGCAACACAGAAAAGAAAGGAGCUGCUACUUUCAAUGCAGCGGCCCUUCAGUUUUGUGGAGAAGGAAGAGAAAAAGAAAGAAGCUAUCAGACAAAAAUUCCUGGCAGCAGCAACCCCAAAUGAGAGCUCCAAACAGAAGCAAGCCAGUAAAAAAGUUCCUAAAUCUACUUAUGACUCACUUCUUGGAGAUAAACUGAAAGAAGCUGAACUCUGCAGGGAAAUCCGCAUUCAAAUGAGAGCAAAGGAUUUGCUGGAGAGCUCCGUGGCUCCUAUAGACACCAGCAACUGUCGGAGGGAGCCUCAGUCCCGAACUGCCACCAGAACUAAGCAGGAAAAACUUGGCUUCUUACAGGACACAAGUUUCAGCUUCAAACCACAGAUUAAUCCAGCAAUACCAGACUUUGAAGAACUUUACUGGGCGUUUCAGAGGAAAACAGUAAGGAGACAAGAAAUCAAAGAGCCAACUCGUAAUAAGCCGUUCAAGCUGAGAACCUCCAAUCUCCAUGCCAGGCAGAGGCAGACUAAUGAAAAGAUAAAGGAUUCUCAGAAGCUUUCCAAGGUUUCAGUGCAAAAAAGUCACUCUCUGCCUGGACUUUCCUCUCUCUCUUCCAACACCCUCCCUAUGCAUAUUACAGAUGCAACUAGAAAGAGGGAAUCAGCUAUUAGAUAUGCCCAAGAUAACAAAAAGGAAGGGGACAAAGAAGGAAUUUAUUGGCUGGAGAAACAGAAAAUGAAAUGUCAAGCUAUGCAAAAGUCUGUGAACAGCCGAGCAAAAGCACUGGAUCCUCAUAAAACUCUGGAGGAAACACAAAAGGAGAAGUUAAAACAGAACAGGCAAAAUAUGCAAGACAGAACAAAAGAAUACAGAAAGGAGCUGGAAGAAAUGAAGCUGCGAGUCAAGAACAGACCAUUCCUUUUUGAACAGGUCACCAAGCGUGAUGCUCGUCAGGGAGCAGAGCGUCGCUACAGACGCACCCUGCAGCAGGUCGGCCUGAGCGAAGAAUUUGUAAAGAAAAAAGGGAAAGAUGCCACUGACUUGCUGGAAGAAGAAUCUGAUGUUCACAGGCUGCCUGAGCCUCGGGGUGAAAAGGAUGCCUGUACCAAACAGGAAGAAGUACCUCAGGAGGAACUGAGCACAAAGGAAGUGGCAGCAUAAAAGCUUGCAGAAGAAUCCAUCAAUCAGUUCUUGACUUCUUUCGCUCAAGAUUCUCCAGGUUAAUCCUCAGGAACUUAAUAGUUUAAGCUGACACCUAAGAAUUGCUGUGGGGUGAGAUGGGAGAAUUUAGUAAAGGGAAAAAAACAGCUGUUGUUUAGAGCACGUCUUGUUCAGCCCAGCAAACCCUGCAGCCUCCCUUAGUCUUCAAAAGUGUCCCUUGUGUGAGCUCUUUCCUUUAAUGGGCAACAAAACAAGUUAGAGAGGUUGAAGCACUAUCUUUGGAUAAAAGUAGAUAUGAAAGAUUGAAGAGGUGCAUCCUCUACUGUCAGCUCAUUGCAUUCAUGCCACAGAAGCACACAGGAAAGGAAAAAUGCCUUCUACUGUGCUAGAGCUUUUUUUAGACACAUGUGUGGUAGAAUGCUUUCAAACAAGGUACUUCUACAAAAACAAAUAUCAGGAUUUGACCCAUCUUGGGAGAAGACUCAAAGGGAAGUCUUUCUCUGGUGUUAAUUCUCCAUUCACCCACUACCAGCUCAGCUUCUUCCCCCUAUUAGUAAGAAGCAAUAGUCUUCCUAUAUUAAAACAUGUCCCAUGUUUCAUGAUUUGAAAGUGUUUCAACACCUUACCAAUUUAGGUCAUUAAUUUGGCCCAAAAAAACAAUCAGUUAUGAAGAAGGUUGUAAUUAAACACUUUGAAUGCAUCACUUUGAAUUAUUGUUAUCCUAAUUGUAUGAUUGCUGUGAUAUCAAAGACAGAUUUUGGAGGAAAAAAGGUUAGGUGUUGCCUGCCAGGACUUUGCACUCAGAUGCCUAGUGCACCUUGAAAGGGGUAUUUCACACUUUAGUGAUCUCCCUUUGCCUGACACUAAUAAUCAUUUCAAAAAUAACAAUCCUUACCACCUGGAAUGUUUUCUGAGAAAUUUGCACUUUGACAUUAAAGUAUUUUCAAAUAGAGAUAAUGUUUCCGUAUUGCUCAAUUUUCCUCAUCAGUCAUCUUUUCCUCACUUACUUAAAUACAAGAUAUGUCUGUUUUUGUCACCUUAAUCCUUUUUUCCUUACACUGUAACAACACAGCCUUAUCAUCAAGUCAGAAAUACAGUACCUGUCAGAGCUACCACAUUAGACAAAGAUAUAAAACUGAAAUAAUGACAUUUUUAAUCGUAACAAAGUACUAAAUCCAAGGAUUUGUGGCCCAGGGGUUUCACACUGCUGCAUUACAGACUGCACCAAACGGCAACAUCCUCUUUAAGUGACUCAAUCCUCACACAGACAACAGGCUUCAGCUCUUUGCAGGGUUCCAGAAAGGCUGUUACCAGUGUACCAGUUCCUACACAGGUGUAAUUGUGUAGGGCAGCCAGAGGCUGCUCUUUCUCUGGGUACCCCCUGGAAAAGAGCAGUGAUGUAACCACGUUGUCACCGUGCCUCACCACAUUGAAGGAGGAAGGAAAGAAGAUUACUUCCAUGCUCUAAGUCUGUGAUUUAAAGCCUCUUUGUAUGGAUAUAUUUGGAGCAGUGGGACUGAAAUUUUAAUACAUACAUUUUAAAGGGUAUUUACUAAAAUUGGUUGCUGAUUUCCAUAAUAAUAGUUAAUGGUGCUGAAAAAAGAAAUUUCCAAGUAUGUGAAGUGAAAAGGGAAACCCUAAGAAAGGAGGAACAAAAGUUUAAAUUAUUAUGCCAUAUCCUUUUAACAAAUAGUAAGGUGACAUGCAUGAAUAUAAUAACAAAUAAAUUAAAGCCUUCAUAUUGGUCCCUAAACUGAAAUUGCAGAAAUGUGAUAAAAGUAAAAGCAUCAAACUAAGUAACUGAAACUCACAUCUCUCUUGCUAAACAAAGUUUUGUUCUGAAAGGAGGAUUAUGUUUCUGUAAUCCUAAAAGAGAGCUGUAGUCUCUUAAUAUGUCUCAAAAAUUGUAUGAAAAUAAAGAGUUUCAACUAUGGUUCUGGAUUUUUGCAUUUUAUGAAAGUAUUUGGUUUUUUUCAGUUACAAGAUUUACAGCCUGUUCAGCAAACCUACAAAAAUACUGUAGAAAAGAAAACAUCUCACUGGAGUAUCUCCCAUCAAUUGCUGAGAUGGCAGCCAAACUGCAUCACUUUGAUUCCCAGGUACCUGGUGGAGCUUCUGCAGGAACCUCCAGGUUACAAUACCUGUUCCAGCAGCAGCACGACCUUUCCAUUCAGCUAGGGAGCAAUAUAAACUCUAGGCAUUCCCUUUGCAUAGAAGCUAUUACAGAUACACAGUACCUUACCAAAAUCUGCAUUCUCAGUAAUUCCAGUUGUGAAGGCUCUUUAAGUUAACAAAGUAUUCAGAACACCAUG